AGUGGUGCUGGCAGGAAUAAAGUUGCUUCCUGGAAAGAAAAGCCUCAGUGUGAUGACGCUCUGUGAGAGAAUCCUGCUCCAUUACUUGGGGGCUCUCAUCCAGGAUUUGGAGAUGGUGCAUUUCCACCUCCUUUGCCACUAGGGAUGCGAACCUCAGGGCGCCUGGAGAGGGGAUUCACCAGGCACCAGAGGACUGCUCGAUCCGCAGGAGACUAGCCCUCCCAGCGCACUAGCCCUCCCAGUGCACAGAAGCCAGGACCCUGUGUGUGCCAAUGGAAUCCUUGAAGCCCAGGAACCAGUUCAGAGAAUACCCGUCAGACUGGGGGAGGCCUGCAUAACUGGCUCCUCAAUACCUCAGGCACCAUCAACUCCUCUUCCCACCCUAGAUGUUGAGAAGUGAAGACCACCGAAGACAGAUUUCCCCACUAACAUUCCAGUUUCUGAAAAAUGGACAAGAAGCUGGAUAUCUUCAGGAGGGAGUUAGUGGAUGUUCAGGGUGUCCCCCUCUUCUGGAGUAUUGCUGAGGAGUGGUCCCAGGUGGAGUCAUUUGAGGCCCGACCAGAUGACCUUCUGAUCUCAACCUACCCCAAAUCCGGAACAACCUGGAUCAGUGAAAUAUUGGAUUUGAUCUAUAAUAAUGGGGAUGUGGAGAAAUGCAAGCAGAACGCAAUAUACAAACGAGUGCCAUUCAUGGAAUUGAUAAUUCCUGGACUGGAUAAUGGUGUGGAGGAUUUGAAAAAAAAGCAGUCUCCUCGAUUAGUGAAAACACACCUACCUGUUCAACUUCUCCCUUCUUCAUUUUGGAAGAAUAACUGCAAGAUGGUCUAUGUGGCACGAAACGCUAAAGAUGUGGCUGUGUCUUACUAUUAUUUCUACCAGAUGGCAAAACUGCAUCCAGAGCCUGGCACCUGGGAAGAGUUCCUGGAUAAAUUCAUGACUGGAAAGGUGGCUUUUGGUGCGUGGUAUGAUCACGUGAAGGGCUGGUGGGAGAAGAGGAAUGAUUAUCGUAUUCUUUACCUAUUCUAUGAAGACAUGAAAGAGGAUCCAAAGCGUGAAAUUCAAAAAUUGUUAAAGUUUCUAGACAAAGAUCUGCCAGAAGAAACUGUGGAUAAAAUCCUCUAUUACAGCUCUUUUGAUGUGAUGAAGCAGAAUCCAUUUACAAAUUAUACCACUGUAGCAGGAGUUCGUAUGGAUCAUUCCAUAUCUCCCUUCAUGAGAAAGGGUAUUUUGGGAGAUUGGAAAAAUCACUUCACUGUAGCCCAGUAUGAGAGAUUUGAAAAAGAAUAUGAUAAGAAAAUGAAAGGGUCUACACUGUCGUUUCGUUCAGAGAUUUAAGAAAUACUGUUCUUUCUCCAACUCCUUUACCUAACCCUUAAAUUAGAAAAAAAAUCCCUUCAAACAUUUAGUGAAAAAAAUUCUGCAUGAAAUAUUUCUUUACUUACUAAUAGUAGUGUUUUGUAAUAGAAUAUUCAAAGAAUUUUGGAGUCUACAUAUAAAAAAUCAAUAGUCUCUAUGAUUUAAUUAAUUAAUGUUCUUACUAUUCUUAAAGACAA